UGGCGUAUUUUUAAACUUUUUCAAUAUUUCUCAUGGACUCGCACUUUUUCAUUUUCGAUCAGCAUCAGUCUCCACGCGGUAACAAACGUGCCGAGGAUGACUGGAACGAGGGGUUUACGUCAUAUCAGGAACGGAAGUGACUCGCACAUUCUCAAAACAACAACGUUCAUGCGACUUCUACAAGACCAUAGCGAAACCAUUGCGAUUUAUUACAUAUUUUUUACGUAGAAAAAAGGUUUUUGAUCGACGAAAAUGCCCAAUCGGUGCAUUGUAUUCGGUUGUGGCAAUGUACCGUCGCAAAAAGAAGGGAUAUCCCUGCAUCUGAUACCAUUUUAUGGUGACGACCGACCCGAGGCAAAGAGUCUUAGAAGGCGCUGGAUCGAUUUCGUGAAUUUUAAAAGACAGGCAAAGGGGAAUCGAGUAUGGAAGCCAGGUACAACUGCAUCGAUCUGCUCAAAGCACUUUUUGCCGAACGAUUUUCCAAACGUGUAUGCUGGUGAGGUGAGGAAAAAGCGACUGAAAGUAGACGAUUUCGGCGUGUCUGUUUGGCCGACCGUGCAUAUGAGAAGGAAAGAUGAGGAGACAGCUCCCCCAACAAAACGCACCAAAAGAAUGACUGAUGUUAGCACUGGUUUGUUUAUGCCUGACACGUGGGCCAUCCCGUCAACUUCAUCCGCGCCUGAGACUGCUGUAGCCACUGCUGAAAGUGACACUGAGAUUGAACCCUUUGAUAACACCACAUCUGUACCUGAGAUGAACUGUACAUGUUCCUGCUACAAUCGAGUGAAGAUGAGCUGGCUUCAGCAAUAAAUGAACUACAGGAGCUGACACCAGCGCCAAUGGUCUCUAUGAUGGAGAGAGAGUCAAGAGAGGUGGCCUUGGAAAGGCAUUCAAAGAGACAAAAAAUGACCAUCACAGAUGUGCCCCCUACUGAACAACCAGUUGCUCCAGUUUCUUUAGAACCCCCAAGACAAGUAGCAGCUGUAAGUGGCAAAGAGAGACGGUGCACCACUUGCCAUUUUCCUAUGAAAGGUCACAAGAAUAUCUCCACCUGUCCCAGAAAUCAAAAAUAGAUUUAGAAAUAGAUUGAGACUUUUCUCAUUAGAAGGCAGAAAAUAAUAAGAGUGCUGCAGUGCUUAUACAAGUAAAUAUCAUAUGUACACUUGAUUCAUGGAUUAAUGACAACCACUCUACAUUCUGUGAAAUGUGUUGUAGACUGUCAGCUAUAAAAAUUCAAUUUAUUAUAAUUAAUUUGGGGUUCAAUUUUUUAAACAUAUGUAAGGAAAUAGAAAUAGAAUUCAUUGUUUAGUUAUUUGCACUUAAAAAUAAAUAAAUAACUGGCAACUGAAAUUGAUGUAAA